AUGGCUGAGAACAAAAGACAAGCGGCUCUCGAAGCCGAGAUAACAAACAUGGCUAACAAAGCCACAUAUGGUGAAAUCUAUAAUACAGGACCUGAGGAGUAUUCUAAACCAAAAACCCCUGACGAACAAGAAAAACAAAGUUUGGUUCGCUUGGGAUUACGACGAGAUGCCUGGUUUGAAGAGGGACUUGGUCGAAUUGAAGCUGCCCAUCAGGGAUGGCAAGAAGCCCAUCAAGCAGACUCCAAGAAGAUUCACCAUAGAAAUCCUCUCAAAGAUAAAAAAAAAAGGUCGAAAGACUUCUCCGUUGCAAUUUCAUCAGGACCACAAGCAACACUUAAAGACAAGUAUCCAAUACCUGUGACAGAGAUGCUGGUUGACUCAACUGCAGGCUAUGAAUAUCUCAACAUGCUUGAUGGGUAUUCUGGCUAUAACCAGAUUUUCAUUGCAAAAGAAGAUGUUUCUAAAAUAGCUUUUCGUUGUCCUGGGGCAAUAUGCACUUAUGAGUGGAUAGUUAUGCCUUUUGGCAUAAAAAACGUUGGGGCAACAUACCAACGAGCAAUGAAUUCUAUAUUCCAUGAUUAUAUAGAGACAUUUAUGAAAGUUUACAUAGAUGACAUUGUGAUGAAAUCUACGUCAGAUGAAGAUCAUCUAACCCAUCUCAGCCAAUCAUUCGAAAGAAUGAGAAAACAUGGCUUAAAGAUGAAUCCUCUUAAGUGUGCAUUCUUUGUGCAGGCUGGAGAUUUUCUGGGCUUUGUGGUCCACAAAAAGGGGAUAGAAAUCAAUCAGAACAAGACGAAGGCUAUUAUGGAGACCAAAGCACCAUCAACCAAGAAAGAAUUGCAAUCAUUAUUAGGAAAGGUAAACUUCCUAAGAAGAUUCAUUUCGAAUUUAAGUGGUCGAACUCAAGCCUUCUCUCCCCUUCUGCGCCUGAAACAAGGGAAGUUCGAAUGGAAUGACGAACUUCAGGAGGCAUUCGACAAGAUCAAACAUUAUCUGACAAACCCUCAUGUCUUGGCACCACCAUGUGGAAAGAAGCCUAUGAGACUGUAUAUAUCAGCCUCCGACACUACCAUAGGUAGCAUGUUGGCGCAAGAGAAUGAAGAUGGCGUCGAAAGAGCCAUUUAUUAUCUUAGUAGGAUUUUAAAUGAUGCAGAAGUUAGAUACACUUCAAUAGAAAAGUUAUGUCUUUGUUUUCAUUUCUCUUGUACUAAACUCAAGUAUUAUAUAAAACCUAUUGAUUUAUACGUCUCUUCGCAUUGUGAUGUCAUCGAGUAUAUGUUAUCUAAGCCAAUAAUGCACAUUCGAAUUGGAAAAUGGGCUUUAGUGGCAAUGAAGGGACAAAUAGUAUCAGACAUUAUUGUAGACUAUGCAGUGGUCGAAAAUCCUCAACUUCAGGUUGAGUUGAAACCUUGGAAAUUAUUCUUCGACGGUUCCACUCAUAAGGAUGGAAGUGGGGUUGGGAUAAUGUUACUCAAAAAAUUCGAAUACGUCGACAUAAAACAUGUCCCUAGAAUAAAAAAUCAAGAGGCUAAUGACUUAGCACAAAUAGCUUCAGGGUAUAGAAUUUCAAAAGAGAAGCUAGAAGAACUUGUCGAAGUAAGAGGAAAGGCAAUGGCCUCCAGAUUGUCCCCAACAAAUUUAGAAAGCACCCGGUUAGGAUAUGCUAACAAAGAGGAGUUUGAAGUAUUGGCCAUUGAUACCUUAAUAGAUACAGAUUGGAGGAAUCCAAUUAUUAAUUAUCUCAAGGACCCUUUGACAGAUACAGAAAGAAAAACCAAGUACAGGGCUUUAUCUUAUGUGUUGAUAGGAAAUGAAUUAUUCAAGAAAACCCCUGAAGGGAUCCUGUUGAAAUGCUUAGGAGAAAGCGAAGCUUACUUGGCAUUAUCUAGUGUACAUAGCGAAGCUUGUGGAGCACACCAGGCAGGACAUAAGAUGAAAUGGUUGCUUUUCAGAUAUGGAAUGUAUUGGCCCAUCAUGUUAAAAGAUUGUAUAGAGUUUGCUAAAGGUUGCCAAGAAUGUCAAAUACAUGCAGUAAUUCAACAUGCUCCUGCAAGUGAACUUCAUGCAAUUAUUAAGCCUUGGCCUUUUAGGGGAUGGGCAUUAGAUCUAAUUGGGGAAAUUAUACCCAAUUCAUCCAAAGGUCAAAGAUACAUACUUGGAAAAAGCCAAAAAAAUUGGCACAAAACUUUAGACCAAGCACUCUGGGCUUGUCGAACCUCCCCUAAAGAAGCCACUAACACUACACCUUUCCAGCUUACAUUUGGACAUGAUGCAGUAUUACCUGUCGAAAUCUACUUGCAAUCAGUGAGAAUCCAAAGACAAGGAGAAAUUCCAUCUGAUUUAUACUGGGAAAUGAUGAUAAAUGAACUGGUGGAUUUGGACGAAGAAAGGUUGCAUGCGUUAGAAGUAUUAAGAAGACAGAAGGAGAGGGUAGCAAGGGCAUACAAUAAGAGGGUCAAAGGUAAAACCUUCACUGUGAAUGAUUUAGUUUGGAAAGUCAUAUUACCUAUGGAUCGAAAGAAUAAGGCAUUAGGAAAAUGGUCUCCACAUUGGGAAGGACCUUUUCGAAUUUUAAAAGCCUUUUCAAACAAUGCAUACGAAAUAGAAGAACUGACAGAGGAUCGAAGAAUCCUAAAAGUAAAUGGAAAAUACUUAAAGAAGUAUAAACCAUUUAUGCACGGAGUUAGAAUCAUAACAACAUAG